AUGGCACAACCACAAGCUCCAAACCCUGCCAACGUAGCGGCUGCCAUCAAUGGAAUGAAUGCAGAAGGAAACAGAAUUGCACAGAGCACCCAGGCCUACAGCAGUCAUCAAAAUCGGCUCACUGAUGAGAUGCAGCAACAACUUGCUGAUCUCCAGCGGACUAUCCAGCAGUGGACCAACAAGACUAGUGCCCAGAUUUGGAAUUUGGAGGCUCGAAUGCGGAACGGAAAAGUCAACGUGGCCACAGCAGCUUUAACUAGCAUGGUCUGCGUCGAUCCGGGCAACAACCCUCAAGUUCCAAUCGGCAAUGCCAUCCCAAACUUUCCAGCCACCCCUGAUGAUAUAUCAGAUAUGGACGUGCACGAGUGUCGCCGCCUCCUCACUGCCCUCAAUUGGCCUAUUCCUGGAGAUCAAGUUGUAGCAAGAACACUUCAAACAGCUGUGCGGGAUGCGGUCGGACUUGCACCUCUCUAG